UUUAGAAGCCACUUCCUUCUUACGCGAUCGUCACCUAUAAAGGCUAAGCGGGCCAAAAUUUCCUCGUCAAAUUCACGAUAAAAGGUUUCUAAAUUUUCCUGGAAUCUUCAACUUGACGGCAAGAUGUUUCCGGCGAAAAUUGAACAGCAACAGGGUGUUAACCACCAACAACGCACCACCAACACGGUGCCGGCAGACAAAGUGGUGAUCGCAGUGAAAGCAGAGAAAGUGAUAUCCAAGACAGCAUUAGCUUGGGCUCUCACUCACGUUGUCCAUCCUGGCGAUGGCAUAACGUUGCUUGCUGUCUUCACUAAGGAAAAAUCCGGUAAAAGAUUUUGGAACUUUCCGAGGUUGGCUGGAGAUUGUGGGAGUGAUCAACGUAAGAGUUUGCCGGAUUGUGUUUCUGAAAUCUCCGAGAAUUGUUCUCAGAUGAUGCUUCAGUUUCAUAACCAAAUUGAGGUUGGAGUGAGGAUUAAGGUGGUGUCAGGUACACCGGGCAGUGUUGUGGCGGCUGAAGCAAGGCGCCAUGGAGCCAACUGGGUUGUCCUGGACAAAAAACUGAAGCAAGAGCUGAAGCACUGCAUUGAGGAACUUCGAUGCAACAUUGUUGUAAUGAAAGGUUCUCAGGCAAAAGUUCUCAGGCUUAACUUGGGAUGCUCGAAUGAAGUCCAAGCCCCAUACUAUUCUGCUGCUUCUUCUCCAGAAAAAGAUGUUGGGAUGCUGCUUGGACACAGGAAGAAGCAUUCUACUCCUGUGAGCAGCCCUGAAGAACCGAGUACUUCCUACCCAAGAACCGGAGAAGGUUCGUCAUCGUCAAGCUAUGAUACGGAGAUGCCUCUUUUUCUUGUUUAUGAGCAAAAUCCUCUUUUUCAAGGACUGAAUAAAAUAAAAUACACAUUAAAAGAUGACCAAAACAACUAUGAUGACCAGCUUAGAGCUAUGUGCUCAGAUGGGGAAAGAAGUGUCCCUCUGUCAACAAACCCAAUAUCAGCCGUAAGCAGUGGUCGGAAGAGUGUAUUUUGGAUUCCCCAAAACCACAUGGUUGAUGGGAAGGUCUCCAAAACCCUGAAUUGCAGAAAUACUUCCAAAAUUAAAUCUCCAACUUCCAGAACUCUACUUGAUAAGUUUGUGCAAUAUGAUCACGAUGCUCUGGCUGGUAGGCUCAUCCAGAGCCAUCAAAAAGAGAUUGUAAGCUCAGGUAUCAGACAUGCAGUUUCUCUAGGUAGAACUUCUUCAAUGCCCCCUCCUUUAUGUUCUUUAUGCCAACACAAGGCACCGACUUUUGGAAAGCCUCCAAGACAAUUCUCUUAUGAAGAGCUGGAAGAAGCUACAGAAGGAUUCUCGGAAAUGAAUUUCUUGGCAGAAGGUGGUUUUAGCAAAGUUUAUAGAGGGGUGUUAAGGGAUGGACAGGUGGUUGCAGUGAAGCUCUUAAAGUAUGGUGGCUCUCAAGCAGAUGCUGAUUUCUGCAGGGAAGUGAGGGUAUUGAGCUGUGCACAACACAGGAACGUUGUGUUGUUAAUUGGGUUUUGCAUUGAUGGCAAGAAGAGAGUAUUGGUUUAUGAGUACAUAUGCAAUGGGUCACUGGACUUCCAUUUGCACGGAAACAAGAGAGCACCUCUAGAUUGGAACUCAAGGCUGAAAAUAGCAACUGGGACAGCAAGAGGUUUACGAUAUCUUCAUGAAGACUGCAGAGUGGGUUGUGUGGUGCACAGAGACAUGAGGCCUAAUAAUAUCCUCGUAACCCAUAAUUUUGAACCUCUGGUUGCUGAUUUUGGGCUUGCUAGGUGGCACGCUGAAUGUACUCUCGGUGGCGAGGAGCGAGUCAUUGGGACUUCAGGGUAUGUUGCACCAGAGUACACCAGUGGUGGAAAAAUUACGCAGACAGAUGACGUAUUUGCAUUUGGAUUGGUUUUAUUAGAGCUAAUGACAGGUCAAAGAAUCAGCAUGCUGCAAUUUUACAGGGGACGGAAUUUUUUGUCCGACUGUUUCCAUCCUGUCACUGCAUUGGAACCAAGUCAUGUCAUGGAAAGUAUUUAUGAAUUACUGGAUUCAUGUUUGGCCUCAGAGCAACUCCCUGAAUUUGCCUAUCAGCUACAAGCUAUGGGUCUAGCCGCUUCCUUGUGCCUCCGUCAUGAUCCAGAAACCAGACCUCCAAUGUCAAAGGUCCUUGGAAUACUUGAGGGGGGUGACUUGGCCGUUCCUCUGAGUUUAGACGUGAAUUCAGUGGGUAAUAGAAGUGGCCAUCUGAUUGGUCGGAGCUCAGGCACACAGCCUGACAGGAGGAGGGGUCAUUCACGUAAGCUUUCUCAUUGAAAAUUGAUUUUGUAGCAGUUAGCACCAACCAAUAUGUAUAACGAUAACGGCUCCGGGUGAGAUGAUCUUCUGUUAAAUGUAUAGUUCAGAACGGUUCAGUUCUUCCAUAGGUGAGUUGCUUUCCCAGUUUCAAACAUGUUAAUGGUGACAUGAUUCGUUUUCUUUUCCCCGUCGAUCCAAACUUCUGGUUGUAGAGUGUGCUCCGUUAAUGGUGUGACUGUGGAUCAGGAUUUUACCC